AUGGCGCAGGCCGGUGGUUCCUACAACAACCCCUUGAAGAAAUUCAAGCUGGUGUUUCUGGGGGAGCAGAGUGUUGGAAAGACUUCUCUAAUCACGAGGUUCAUGUACGACUCGUUCGACAACAUGUACCAGGCCACCAUCGGCAUCGACUUCUUGUCGAAGACAAUGUACCUCGAGGACAGGACGGUCCGUUUACAAUUAUGGGAUACUGCAGGCCAGGAGAGGUUCCGAAGCCUCAUUCCCUCAUACAUCCGCGACUCGAGCGUUGCGGUAGUUGUCUACGACAUAUCCAAUGCGAAGUCGUUCCAAAACACCAAAAAGUGGAUUGACGACGUCCGGGCUGAGCGAGGAAACGACGUCAUCAUCGUCCUCGUUGGCAACAAGACCGAUCUGAACGAUAAGCGUGAAGUGACGACCCAGCAAGGCGAGGACGAAGCCAAGAAGAACAACCUGAUGUUCAUGGAGACCAGCGCAAAGCUCGGCCACAAUGUGAAGAACUUGUUCAAGAGGAUAGCACAGGCCCUUCCGGGCAUGGAAGGCACCGAUGCGGCUGCUCAAGCCUCGAGCCAGAUGAUUGAUGUCAAGACGAACACGACACAGCCGGCGCAGGAAGGCUGCUCAUGUUAA